AUGGCGCCAAUUGCCAGCCAGCCAAAUGGCGCGAACAAGUUGAAGCGCGCGGCGCCUCCCACCAUACAGACCAACGGCUCGAUGGCAUCGACACCAGCAUCGUCUCCGUCCGCCGCCAAGAAGCCACCCCCGACCAUCAAGUCGCAACCCAGCUCGGCAACAGAACGAACCAUCACAGCAUCAACAGUGCGACCGAAUCGGAUAAGAAGAGAUACGGCGAACCAACAGCUUGGGAGAACACGCAACACCGCAAACCUCAGGCUCGGGUGGGAUAUGACGCAAGGAGGCGGACAACCACGGCCUUACAAUAGCGUCUUCACCUAUACUUCCCCCAUGGGUAUCUUCGUCAAGAAUCUGAAGACGAAGACAAUCCCGCCCGAACUUCUCGAGCAAUUUAACGCCGCAGGUGUUCCUUUCUACGAUGGAUGUUUGAUUGUGCAGGUGUGCGAUCACAAAUCAGUGGCGCAAGUUAAAGACGCGGCCCGAUCUGCCUCCAAGACCAAGGACGCCAAGGAGACCUCGGUUCAUAAAUACAAUCCCUACAUCACGCCUUCUUCCUACGCCCCAUUUCCGAAAGAGGAACCGAAUGAAGCCGAUGGCAAUGGACAGGUGGGGGAUGCUGAUGCGACUGCGAAGCAUGAAGAGUCCGACAAAGACAAUGGCGCACGUUCGGUAGCCGGGAUGAAGCCUCGCACCUUCACAAUGGUGCUGCAUCCGACGCCUGAAAGCUUGCAGCGAGACCUUGUUCUGAAAGCCUCUAUGCCGCCUUUGGAUGCAGGCAUUGCCGAGACACCCGGCUUGAACCCUCCAGCUACUCCGUCGAAACUGGCCCUUCCCACCCCGACGGCAAGCAGUAUGCCCCCGCCCGCAAAGAGGCUGAAGCAGGAGAAACCGGAAUUGGAACCUGAAUACAUACAUGCGGCGGAGGGCGAGAUUCUUCUCGCGACGACGGCACCGUUGACGCUUGAACCGAAAGGCUCACUCGAGAGACAGAUUGCGCUGCUGGACUUCAUGGCGCAUCCGCAACAUCUUGACCCGCCACCUGAGCCGAAGACUCGGAAGAGGACUGUCGCCGAGAUGGCAGCGGACGAGGCCGCCGCCGCCGAGAAAGAGAGAUACAUGCUGUUCCUCGACGAACGACCCGGCGUUAAUAGCGCACAGGGCGGCACCACGACGGACAGCGACGGACAGACUACAGCUGCAGGAUUUGAACCGACAUUUGAGCGGUUUAAGAUGAUCAUGCAGAUCAAGCAGGAGCUCUCGGAGAAGAAGGAGCAGGAGAAGCAGGAGAACGACCGCAAGCUACAGCUACAAAGACAACAGCAGGCCGACAGCCAGGCGCAAAAGCAGCAAAACGAAGCAGAAAAGGCCCGGCGCGAGGCGGCAGCUCUUAGGGAGGCACAGGCCAGGCAGCAGCAGCAGCAGCAGCAACAAGCGCAACAGCAGGCACAGCAGCAGCAGCAACAACAACAACAGGCACAGCAGGCUCAAGAAUCCCAACGACAAGCCAUGGCUGCGCGUGGCAACCAGAACAAGAACCAAGUCAACGGGGUCCAGCAGCAACAGGUUCCCAACGCCCAGAUAGCCAACGGCAUGCCUCAUUCUAACGCCGGUGGCAUGCCGAUGGGCGCCAACCCCAACAUGGCUGCUGCUCAGCAGGCUCGAUUCCAGGCGCUCUCUCAACAGCAAGCCCAGGCUUCCGCUUCGCCUGUCAUUCGGCAAGGAACGCCGCAAGCUCACUCGUCACCCAUGGUGAACCCGAACAUGGCCAUUCCGCAAACCAGUGCCAGUCCGCCACGCCCAUCAUCGGUCGUGCAAAACCCUCCUAUGGCGGUGCCCAUGGCUCAUAACAUGUCUGCUAGGGGAAGUCAGCAGAGUCACCCGUCCAACACGCCUCGCAUGCCUCACAGCACACCCAAUAUGGCUCAUGGCACACCUGUCAACCGGCAAGCCAUGGCUGCGACGCCGCGCAUGUCGCAGGCAAGCCCUCCCCCUAAUAUGAUGCAGCAGAAUUCGCAACACAUGCCCCAGGCCAUCAUGAUGAACAACCAGAACAUGUCUCAGAACCCGCAGUUCAUGGCACAGUUGGCACACCAGCAGCGUCUGCAGCAACAACAACAACAAAACAUGCAGCAGAUGAACAUGCAACAAAUGUCACCUCAGCAACAGCAGCAGAUGUUGCAGUACAUGCAGCAGAGGCAGGCCAUGGCCCAGCAGCAGCAGCAGCAGCAGCAACAGCAGCAACAGCAGCAACAGCAGCACCAGCAGCAAAACGGCAUGAUGUCGCAGCAACAACUUGCGCAGCAGUAUAGCCAGCAGUUGCAAAAUAUGGCUGGUGGACAGAUGCGGGCGCAAAUGACGCCACAACAGCUGCAAAUGAUGCAGAUGCGGAUGCAACAGAUGGGUGGUAGUGGGAUGCAUCGACAGGUGAGCAAUCCGCAGAUGAUGAAUGGCAGCCAUCCGAACAUGCAAGCUAUGGCGAUGCAAAUGCAGCAGCAGCAACAGCAGCAACAGUUGCAGCAGCAGCAGCAGCAUCAUGCGGCACAGCAGCAACAACGCAUGGCGCAGCAGCAGCAGCAGAACCCUGCGCAACUUGCUAUCAACAACAUGGCGCAGCAGUUCUACCUGCGAUCCAUGACGGACGCCGCUAACAAAUAUGGGGGAAAGGACAAUAUUCCGCGUGACACGCAGGAGCAGUACAAGCAGCAGGCUUUGCAGAGGGCGCAGCAGGCCUACCAGAAGCCGCAGCCAAAUAUGGCUAUUCGACGACAGCAGAUGAUGCUGGCGCAGCAACAGCAAAACCAGCAAAACCAACAAAACCAGCAGCAACAACAGGCUGCGAUGCAGAUGGGGAUGAUGGGGCAACAGCCCAUGUAG